GGGAAGGGUUGGAAGAGCCGCAGAGAGACACAGAGACAGAUAGAGACACAGAUUUGUGAUUUUAUAAUGAAAACCUACAACGCAGUGCAACUUACACAGACGCUACAUGUUAGACUGUUUAACACGCAACACACAGAGACACAGAGACAGAUAGAGACACAGACAGACAGAUAGAGACACAGAGAGACAGAGAAAGACAGAGACACAGACAGAGACAGAGAGGCACAGAGAGACGGAGACAGAGAGAGACAGAGACGAGACACAGAAACAGACACAGAGAGAGACAAAGGCGGAGAGGAGAGAGGCGGAGAGCUCGCGUGAUGGCUUCGCACGCCAGGUCGACGUUCGCCAUCAAGCGAGAAAACGACGAAGAUCACCCGAGCCUCGGGAUGGGGCCGGGCGCGAAGGUCAAACACGAAGACGCCGACGCUGCUGGCGCAGUCGUGAAGCAGGAGGACGAGGGGAGCCUGAGCCCCGAGAUCCUGAGGAUUGUGGUGAAAACGGAAUUCGAGGAUGACGCCACAGACGCAAUCGAGAGUCCGGAGGAGACGGAGGAAUCUUACGGAUGUCUCUUCACCGCAGACCAAAACUUCAUCGAGGUGGAGUUGUCCGAGGAGGAUGUCGACAAUGCGGCAGGAACGGAACUACUGUGCGAGGAGUGCGAGGCGGGCAGACGACGCUUGUGGACGAGGGCGGACGACGCCGGACGAGCGGCCGCCACGCCGGGAGCCUCCUGCGUGCGGUGUGGCAAGCCGCUGGAAGCCACGGCACCGUCGUGCGCGGCGGUCGCCGGCGACCGGCGGAGGCACGCGUGCGCCGAUUGCGGGAGGGAGUUUGCGCAGCGCUCCCACUUAGCGGAGCACGCGAGGACACACACGGGCGAGAAGCCGCACAUGUGCACGGAGUGCGGGAAGGGCUUCGCGCAGCGCUCCUCCCUGGAGGCGCACGCGAGGACGCACACGGGCGAGUGGCCGCACGUGUGCACCGAGUGCGGCCAGGGCUUCGCGCAGCGCUCGGAUCUGGAGAAGCACCGGAGGAUGCACAGCGGCGAGAAGCCGUACGUGUGCAAGCAGUGCGGCAGGGGCUUCGGGCAGAGUUCCACGCUGACGGCGCACGUGAGAACGCACACGGGCGAGAAGCCGCACGUUUGCAAGGAGUGUGGCAAGGGGUUCUCGCAGAGUUCCUCCCUGGAGGCGCACUCCAGGACGCACACUGGCGAGAGGCCGUACGCGUGCGAGCAGUGCGGCAGGGCCUUCGCCCUCCGCGCCACCCUGAACGCGCACGCGAGGAUGCACACUGGCGAGUGGCCGCACUCGUGCAAAGAGUGCGGCCGGGGCUUUGCGCAGCGCUCGGAUCUGGAGAAGCACCGGAGGACACACAGCGGCGAGAAGCCGUACGUGUGCAAAGAGUGCGGGAAGGCUUUCUCGCAGAGUUCAACGCUGACGGAGCACCUGAGGACGCACACCGGCGAGAAGCCGCACGUGUGCACGGAGUGCGGCAAGGGAUUCACGCGCUCGUCCGACCUCAAGAUCCACUUCAGGAUUCACACGGGCGAGAAGCCACACGUUUGCGCCGAGUGCGGCAAGGGCUUCGUGCAAAGCUCCCACCUGGAGGCGCACGUCGGGAAGCACGCGAGCGAGAAGCCAUACGCGUGCGACGAGUGCGGCAAGGGAUUCACGCGCUCGUCCGACCUGAAGAUCCACCGCAGGACCCACACGGGCGAGUGGCCCCACGCGUGCGACGAGUGCGGCAAGGGCUUCGCGAGGUCGUCCGACCUGAAGAUCCACCGCAGGACGCACACGGGCGAGAAGCCGCACGUGUGCGCCGAGUGUGGCCGGGGCUUCGCGCUCUCCUCCCACCUGGAGAGGCACACUAGGACCCACACAGGCGAGAGGCCGCACGUUUGCAAGGAGUGCGGCAAGGCGUUCGCGCAACGCUCCUCCCUGGAGGCGCACACGAGAACGCACACGGGCGAAAGGCCGUACGCGUGCGAGCGGUGCGGCAAGGCCUUCGCCCUCCGCGCCACCCUGAACGCGCACGCGAGGACCCACACGGGCGAAAGGCCGCACGUUUGCAAGGAGUGCGGAAAGGCGUUUUCGCAGAGCUCCUCCCUGGAGGCGCACACCAGGACGCACACGGGCGAAAGGCCGUACGCUUGCGAGCAGUGCGGCAGGGCCUUCGCCCUCCGCGCCACCCUGAACGCGCACGCGAGGACCCACACGGGCGAGUGGCCGCACGUUUGCAAGGAGUGCGGCCGGGGCUUCGCGCAGCGCUCGGAUCUGGAGAAGCACCGGAGGACGCACAGCGGCGAGAAGCCGUACGUGUGCAAGGAGUGCGGCAGGGGCUUCGGGCAGAGUUCCACGCUGACGGCGCACGUGAGGACGCACACGGGCGAGAAGCCGCACGUUUGCAAGGAGUGCGGCGAGGGGUUUGCGCAGAGCGGUCAUCUGAAGAGGCACUCAAAGACGCACGCGCUCGAGUGAAAACCUCGCAUGUCCCGAAUGGGUUUUUUUUUUGCCUCCCAUUUGAAAACCAGUGGGUAAUGAUUUUGUUGCUUACCAUAUGUCCAAAAUUUUUAUUAACACUUAUAUGGAAAAAAGAACAGAUAAUGCACCAUAACAUGCUAACAAAUACUCUUUGGUUCUUCGGUAAAGUCACGUGGGUAGAAAAAAUAAAAGAUCACGACGUUUCGAUCGCAACACAAGCAAUCGUCAUCAGGUAGAAAGAUACAGCAGUAGAACUACUGAACAAGAAAGGGCUGUUGCAACAAGAGGUUAUAUCCAGGUUUGAGGUGGGUGUCACCCAAGGGUACACCCACGCUAUUUUACCGAAAGAACCAAACAGUUUUAAAAAGUCAAAGAGUCUCACACUUGUUCGCCAUCGUUGUCAACGCACGCCUGGAAUCUUCUCCAGGUGGUCUCCAGAGCCCAGAGGGGCACAUUUCUUGUGUUAUUACAAAUUCUCAGAAGUGUCAACGUUUUUUGAAAGCACCCUGUAUAUACUUAUUUUGUUUCACCGCAAACUCUUAAACUGUACAGUUUAACACCUUAGCAGUAGUAGUAGGCGUUCGCGACCAAUAUUAUCCAUAUUAUAGGGGUUUUUUUUGGGUUAGAUCGCGUAAAUUUUAAUGCUGUCGUUAAACUCGCCGUCACCACCCGACACUGCCAAUUAGUUUGUCACGUAAACAAAACGUGGCAAUUCGAGUACAGCACCAACUGGUUGUGUGUCGUAGAGUAAACCCACUACGACGUUUAGAAUUCGAGUACCGUGACAUCCAGCCUCGUCAGGGGACAGGCAGAGUUGUGGAGAAAUCCUGCUCCUGUUUCGGGUUUUAAGUAAACGAUACAUUUUCAGAAUGUAACGAAUCACCUCCACGAGCGGAUAGAUACUCUGGAGAGCAGACCAACCGAGGUCACUCACACCUAAUGCACUCGCCGAUGGAUCGGUGAACUCUGCCCACGUGACCGCAACGCUUGCCAAGGUAAACCGAUUGCGUUUGUAAAGGAUAAAAAAAACAAUGGAUGACCACUUCAGCAUCUUCACCUCUAAUAAUAGGGGUUUCCCCCUUUUUUCUGGCAACAAAACUGAAAACUUUUUACAAGGAUUCAUGUCUGCAUUAACCACAAUACUUGCAGUCAAAAUUCUA